AUGACCGCCGUCAACGCCGCCGCCGUCGUCUCGUCGUCCUCCUCCGCCGCCGCGGAUGACGCGCUCUUCCUCGGCCUCGACUUUGGCACCUCCGGCGCGCGCGCCACCGUCGUGGACAACGCCGGCGACGUCGUGACGGAGACGACCGCCAGGUACCCUCCCAUCGUCGACGGCGGCAAGGGGGGCGACGGGGUGCCGGAAGGGGGAUGGGCGGAGGCGUGGCGCGGCGCGCUCUGGUCCCUCCUCGAUCAACUCGACGCCGGCGUCCGCGCGCGCGUCGCCGCGGUGGCGGUGGACGGCACCUCCGGCACCGUCCUCAUCGUCGACCGAAAAUCCGGCGAGCCGGUCUAUCCGCCCAUGCUCUACAACGAGAAGCGCGGGGACGCCAUGGAUUUCGUGUGCGCCGUCGCGCCCGAGGGACACACCGUACGGAGCCCCACGAGCGCGCUGUGCAAGCUGCACAGCUGGUGGGUUUCCAACGGCGAGCGCGGGGAGGGCGAGUACGCACUCUUGCACCACGCCGAUUGGGUCGCUUCUUUACUCCACGGCGUGCCUCACGGCGAGACGGACCAAAACAACGCCCUCAAGCUCGGGUUCGACCCGGGCUUGGGCCCGAACGGUGAUUACCCGGCGUGGAUGAAGUCUCUGCCGUACGCGCCCAUGCUCCCGGGAAACGUGCGAGCGCCGGGCACGAAAGUUGCGGACGUGAAAACGGAAAGGGCGAGGUCGGUUUUGACAAAUCCGAGUGGGUGCGUCGUCGUGGCUGGCACCACGGAUUCCAUCGCCGCUUUCGUCGCCGCGAGGUGCACCACCCCGGGGGACGCGGUGACCAGCCUCGGGAGCUCGCUCGCGCUGAAGCUCGUGAGCACGGUACGGGUGGACGACAGCGCCAAGGGGGUGUACUCGCACAGGCUUUGCGGGUCGUGGCUGGUGGGCGGGAGCAGCAACCUCGGCGGGUGGCUGCUCCGGUCGAACUUUUCCGACGACGAGCUCGUGGCGUUGACGGACAAGAUCGACCUCGAGGACGUUGGGAAGGAGAGUUCGGUGCCGGACUACUACCCCGGGGUGCUCAUGGGUUUUGGGAUGACGGUGAAGGAGGCGACGGACGCGCUGUCGCCGAGACCCGACGCGGAUGAGGACUUUUUGCGCGCCAUCCUCGGCUCCGUCGCCGGCGUGGAGGCGCGAUCGUAUCGCGAGAUGGCGUCGAUGGGCGCGUCGAACGUGGCGCGGGUGUUCACCGCGGGCGGGGGCGCGAAGAACCCAAAGUGGAGCACGAUUCGGUCGAGGGCCAUGGGCGGGAUACCGGUGGCGGCGUCGGAAUUCGCGGAGGCGAGUUACGGGUCGGCGCUGCUCGCGAGGAUGGGUCACUACGAACUCCCAACCUACGUCCCCGAGGAGUGA